AUGGCGCUGGACGGGAUCCGCAUGCCGGACGGCUGCUACGCCGAUGGGACGUGGGAGCUGAGCGUCCAUGUCACCGACCUGGGCCGCGACGUCACCCUGAGGGUCACCGGCGAGAUUCACAUCGGCGGCGUCAUGCUGCGUCUAGUCGAGAAACUCGAUGUCAAGAAGGACUGGUCAGAUCACGCACUGUGGUGGGAAAAGAAGAAGACUUGGCUCCUUAAAACACACUGGACAUUGGACAAAUACGGGAUACAGGCCGAUGCCAAGCUCCAGUUCACACCUCAGCACAAGCUGCUUCGCCUUCAGCUGCCCAACAUGAAGUACGUCAAGGUGAAAGUCAACUUCUCAGACAGGGUCUUCAAGGCGGUUUCUGACAUCUGCAAAACGUUCAACAUCAGGCAUCCAGAAGAGCUUUCCCUUUUGAGGAAACCCAGAGAUCCAUCAAAGAAAAAAAAGAAGAAAUUGGAUGAUCAAUGUGAAGAUGACGCCUUCGAGCUGGAGGGUCCACUGAUCACGCCAGGGUCUGGAAACAUCUAUUCCAGCCCAGGACUGUACAGCAAAACGAUGACACCGACCUACGAUGCUCACGACGGCAGUCCCCUGUCACCCACCUCCGCCUGGUUUGGUGACAGUGCCUUGUCAGAGGGGAACCCAGGCAUCCUGGCUGUCAGCCAGCCUGUCACAUCCCCAGAGUCCUUAGCAAAAAUGUACAAGCCACAGGCACUGCUUGAUAAAGCCAAAAUCAACCAAGGAUGGCUGGAUUCAUCCCGAUCCCUUAUGGAGCAAGAGGUGAAAGAAAACGAAGCUUUGCUGCUCCGGUUCAAGUACUACAGCUUUUUUGACCUGAAUCCAAAGUACGACGCGAUCAGGAUCAACCAGCUGUACGAGCAGUCCAAGUGGGCCAUUCUGCUGGAGGAGAUUGAGUGCACAGAGGAAGAAAUGAUGAUGUUUGCAGCACUGCAGUACCACAUCAAUAAGCUGUCCAUCAUGUCCUCGGAAAACCACCUGAACAACAGUGACAAGGAGGUGGAUGAGGUGGAUGCUGCACUCUCGGACCUGGAGAUUACUCUGGAAGGUGGCAAAACAUCGACGAUCCUGGGUGACAUCACUUCCAUCCCAGAGCUCGCUGACUACAUUAAAGUCUUCAAGCCCAAGAAGUUGACGUUGAAAGGCUACAAGCCAUAUUGGUGCACCUUCAAAGAUACCUCUAUCUCCUGCUACAAAAGCAAAGAGGAAUCCAACGGGACUCCUGCUCACCAGAUGAACCUGAGAGGAUGUGAAGUUACCCCUGAUGUGAACAUCUCUGGUCAGAAGUUUAACAUCAAACUUCUGAUUCCAGUGGCAGAGGGGAUGAAUGAAAUCUGGCUUCGCUGUGAUAAUGAGACGCAGUACGCCAGCUGGAUGGCUGCCUGCCGCCUGGCCUCCAAGGGUAAGACGAUGGCCGACAGCUCCUACGGCAUGGAAGUGCAGAACAUCCUCUCCUUCCUGAAAAUGCAGCAUUUGAACCCAGACCCACAGCUGAUCCCAGAACAAAUCAACACCGACAUUAACCCCGAGUGCCUGGUGUCUCCUCGCUACCUAAAAAAGUACAAGAACAAGCAGCCAGGCUAUGUAAGAGACUUGAUCACGGCACGCAUCCUGGAAGCCCACCAGAACGUCGCUCAGAUGAGUCUGAUCGAGGCCAAGAUGAGGUUCAUUCAGGCUUGGCAGUCGCUGCCCGAGUUCGGCAUCACGCAUUUCAUUGCCAGGUUCCACGGGGGCAAGAAGGAGGAGCUGAUUGGCAUCGCCUACAACCGGCUGAUCCGCAUGGACGCCAGCACUGGCGACGCCGUCAAAACCUGGAGGUUCAGCAACAUGAAGCAGUGGAACGUCAACUGGGAGAUUAAAAUGGUGACAGUGGAGUUCGCCGACGACGUCCGUGUGUCCUUCAUCUGCACGGAGGUGGAUUGCAAAGUGGUUCACGAGUUCAUCGGGGGCUACAUCUUCCUGUCAACGCGAGCCAAAGACCAGAACGAGAGUCUGGACGAGGAGAUGUUCUACAAACUGACCAGCGGCUGGGUGUGAGGCCCUGCUACUGCACCCCCCAGGAAACCCCACGGCCCUUGUAAUAUUUAACAUUCAACAGCUGUCCUUCGAGAUCUGCUGCUUAAUAAAAGUAAGCUUGAAAUGUAUCUUUUCCCCCCCCCCCCCCCAAUCAGGAAAAGUUGGGGUUUUUCCUUUUGCCUUACCUGCCCAGUUAAUCUGUGUGCACUAAUGAGCACUUCUCUUAACUUGCUGUAACAAAGAGACUCGUGUCUGGGCCAGGUGGACCACGCCAGUGGUCUUCAGAUACCUGCAUCCAAGGGGCAGAUCAGGACGAGAUUUUUGACUGACUGAAAGCAGCCAAUUUUCUAAGAGAACUCUAAGCCAUCUUCUAAAGCCAUCCAGGGCUUGACCUAUAUGAAGUCUAUUUAUCAUGUUUAACGCAUGAGUGUUUGCUUUCCUUUGGUUUUUUUUUUUUUCA